UUUUUUGCACCGACGUCAGACAGAGCUGGUACCGACUAAUGAUCCUCACCGUCCCACUGCUGCUCGGGGACCGAAGCUGCACGUUUUUACCGUUCAGAGCCCACCUACCGGGGUUUUACUUCUAGCUUUAAGUUUGCAGCUGCUCUAGUUUCUGUCUGUCGUGAUGUUAAAGCGCUCCGAGGGAACCGCUCAGCUCCUAUUAACGUCUCCCGGCUCGUAUUAAAUCCGAAUCUGCGGCUAAUGCAACAAACAUGUCUCCUCUGUGAGAAAUCUAGCGGUGCUUCUGUAUUGCGGUCAAGUUUACAGGUGUGGCAGUGAGCCCAUGGAGAAGUCAUCAUCUUCAGAGAGAGCGGCGCUUGAGGAGAGAAAAGAACUGGUGGAGGAUGGUGGAGCGCUGAGAGGUGCUGAGGGUGGAGAGGUGACCCCAAGGAAGAGCUCCUCCCGCAAGAGCUUCCGUCUGGACUACCGACUGGAGGAGGACGUGACGAAGUCCUGUCGAGACAAACAUGGCCGCUGGAUGAACCCCUGGCCAACGUGGUGUUUCCCUUCCUACUCGCUGCGCCUCAGAUUCCUGCUGUGGGAUAAAAAUAACAGCAAUGUACCAACAAGUAAAGAGGCUCUGGACAGUGAGCUCCCGGUGAUGGAGCCUUAUUUCGUCCAGAACCCAGACCUGUCCGAGUCUGGUCCGGGUCUGAGGGUCACCUGGCUCGGCCACGCCACAGUUCUGGUUGAGAUGGACGGAGUGAAUAUUCUGACGGAUCCCAUCUUCAGCCAGAGGGCUUCACCGUUCCAGUUUAUCGGGCCCAAAAGGUUCAGAGGGCCUCCCUGCACCGUGGAACAGCUGCCCAGGAUUGAUGUAGUCGUCAUCAGUCAUUCUCAUUACGAUCAUCUGGAUGUUGGAUCUGUGGCCAGCCUCAACGCACGCUUUGGAGGGGAGCUACGCUGGUUCGUGCCCCUCGGUCUGAUGGACUGGCUGGUGAAGAUGGGCUGUGAGAAUGUGAUGGAGCUGGACUGGUGGGAGGAGAACUGCGUCCCGGGUCACGACGAUGUCACGUUUGUCUGCACGCCCGCUCAGCACUGGAGCAAACGCACAGCGAUGGACGAUAACAAGUCUUUAUGGAGCAGCUGGUCUGUUUUGGGUCCAGAUCAUAGAUUCUUUUUCGCUGGUGAUACCGGCUACUGCGCUUCCUUCCAGGAGAUAGGACGACGCUUUGGACCGUUUGACCUCGCAGCAGUCCCUAUCGGAGCGUACCUGCCCAGGGAUGUGAUGCAGGGGCAGCAUGUGGAUCCAGUGGAGGCUGUUCAGAUCCACCAGGACAUUCAGGCCAAACAGUCUGUAGCCAUACACUGGGGGACGUUUGCUCUCGCCUAUGAGUACUACCUGGAGCCGCCGGUUCGUCUCAGAGAGGCUCUGGAAAAGAAAGGACUGACACCAGAAUGUUUCUUCACUCUGCAUCACGGGGAGUCUCGUCUUAUCGCCACAGAGCACGGAGACGUCUUCGAAUGAUGCCGAAGAUUUUAUCAUGUUGAUCCAAGUUUGUAAUGCAUAUACAGUAUGAAUGGAGCUUAUCCGAAGUGAAGAUUAAAAAUGUUCUGUUUACAUGUUAAACGUCUGUCCUGCCAUCACAUGGUCACUGUGAGCAAAACUACAUACAGGAGCUGCAACUCAACCAGAAAAUUAGAUUUACUUUGUGAAAAAAUGUGAUUCUUUGAGGCUGAAAGGUUUUUGAUGUUAAUGUCUGGAUCUGUCAGUGUGCCAUGUACAAAACAAAAAUCAUAGGAUUUAGAAAAGUGGAAAAUAGACGUUUGGUUUUGUAAUUCCAAGAAGAAUUAGUCAUAUUUAGAACAUUUUGUGCAGCCAAGUGCCUCGAUAAAAUGUAUUUUGGUUUGCAUAUAUGUCAUUUGGAAUUUUGUGGUCUGCACAGUAGAAAUAAAAAUCCAAGUAGAUUUUUACAGACCAGAAGUCAAAAACAAAACAAUGGAAAUAAAUCGGAUUAUCGAUCAAAAUGUGACCAGAAUUCAGUUCCAGACUUUCUGAACAUAAGCCAGUCAGAGUACAAUUAGUAACACUGUACUGGUCUGUGUUUUCAUGCUCUUCUGGAGGUGUUAAUGUUGUGUUUCAGGAACAGACCUUCAAUCUGAAGCUGGACUGCAGACGGUGUGAUGCAGCUUUAUGUUCACACUCCGCUGGACUUCAGUUCUCUGUAAUAAGAGAAAAACUAUUAGAGAGAUAUUUACAGUAGAGAUAUGCUGGGUAAUGCCACCGGUAUCCUUUUCUUCUGAAUGUACUUUAGCCAGCCCAAAACUCCUGAAGACACAAAAGUAUUUAAUCUAUUUUUGCUGUCUGACAAACUCCCAGCCACAGUUUGCUGAUACAUGCAGAGCUGCAGGAGUUGAGCUGGGUUCAACUUCAUGGUGUAGCUUUAGGAUUUUGCUGCUCUAUAACUACAGCACAAACACCGUCUCUCAGCUUUGUCAGUGCGAUUGUUCACAUUUUUAUUCCUUAGAACUUUAGUCUGAUGGGUUUGCUUUGGAGAGAAAUGAGGCUGUUGAGGUGAUUUUUGUGUUUUAUGCCAGAAUGUAAAACAGAUAACAGCACAAUGGACUGUAAAGCUAAACAGCUAACUGUAGUUUACACUUGAUCUGUGUCACUGAAUUGCCCAUUAAAUGUACCUUGCAUUUAAAAUGUG